CGGGGAUGACGUGCACGUGAUCCUGUUCUCCAUCAACGCGUGUUGACCACGGACGUGGGCCAUUCCCACUUUUUGUUUUCCAAUUGUGUUUCCAAGGAGCGGUCGUCGUCACCGGCAACGAUGAGCAGGAGGGAAUCUCGUGCAUCUACGGGGGCGCGGCAGAAUGAUGCCCUUUUCGAGUUCGAGAACUUCAAGAAGAAGUUUCUGCAGGCGAACAAGCAGAUAACUAAACUCAAUUCAACGAUGAGCGUUCGAAUAGAAGAACUGAACGCCCAGAUAUCGACGCUAUAUAACGAAAACUUACGACUCCGGGCCUCGGAAAUUGCCCUUUCAACGGAACUGAAGCGAGAACGACAAAAGUCGGGAAAGGUGAUGGCUGAGGUGGAGAUAGCGGCGCUCGGUCUCACCAAGCAUCUUAGUUUCCUAAGGCAUACGUUUGACAUACAGCAGCCUUCAGUAUCUCGCACGCCGUUACUACCGAGAGCCACACGACGCCCAUCAUCAACCACGUCCUCGUCCUCACCGUCGCCAACGAACCGUCUGUCCAAGCCCCCGGAUGUACCAGGAAUCUGCGAAGAGGAGGAGCCAAGUCCAACCUCGGAAGAAGAGCAGAUUGAAGUCGAGAAACCACCCAGUCCUCGCCGUAAAGUCAAGACAAAACCACGGUUAUCGGCGUCGAAACUACCGCUGCCAUCUCGGAUAGCGUCUCCGCCGCCAAUGCUUGAUCUUUCUUCCACGAAUAUGAAUACUUUACGGAAGAAAGCUGCACGACGUCAGAGUGGUCUGCUAACAGUCAAUGUUGACAUGGUCCAUAGGGACCAGCUGUCCAUCCAGCGACCAGUAACUCCUAUCCUGGGAAUGACGCAAGCGGAGAAUGAGGCGUGCGAAGAAGAAGAAGAGGAGGAAGCGGCUGUCUACAAUGGCUUGGUCGAAAACGUGGACGAGGAGGAUGUGGGGUCUGCUAAAGUCAAGAAGGAGAAACGACGCAAAUAUAAGGACAAGGACGACGUAGCCGAUACCCCAUGCGAUAAGGAGAUAAAGUCUCUUCAAGAUGAAGACGGCGACCUGGUAUCGGCGUCUCAAAAACUCAAAUUCAAGGACGUAACGAACUCGCCGAGGCGGCGUGCAACUCUUCCUGAGACUGAUAGUUCUGUCGACAAUGUUCCAGGAGACUCUGGGGCUCCUCGCCAAUUUUUGGUAUCUUCCCCAUCGCACACCUCCCAUCUUCUGACUCCCCAUCCCUCGAGUCCCACACCCCCCCCAGAACCCGAAUCUGACACCGGUGGACGCGAGCGUCGGGUCAGAAAAAGUGUCAAUUAUGCUGAACCCAAGCUAAACACGAAAAUGCGGAAACCUGACCCUGCAACGGGUAAUUCAGCACCGAAAAAGCGUGCGUCGGCGUCUGCGGCACUGGCCACGCCUACGUACAAGAUCGUUGUGGACGACACUGUACACGAUGCGGACAAUGACACUGAGGCCCGGUCGUCGGUUGAGCAUCCUUGUGCCAAUGGGACAGCGAUUGACCCUGCCCAGUUGCCUCUUCCACCCUCACGGCCGUCAUCGAAGGUAGGGCAGAGAAAACGGUCGAGACCACCACCUGUGCUUGAUGAUGAGGACGAUGACGGCGCUGAUGCGGAUGCAGAGUAUAUACCAGCCAAAGGGCUGGUAAACGGAUGGGUCAAUGAUGGAAAGCGACGACAGGGAGCAAGGAGAGCCGGUUUGCACGAUGAGGAGACCCGACGACAUAGUCUCGUGGUUUGAUACCCUGGGACACACCCCCAAAGGCGUUCUUUAUAUGGUAAAUACGAGCCACUCAAGUGAAUAUGACCAUGCAUAUUGGGCUGUAAUAUAAUAUUAUCACUAUGGUACUACACUUUUUUAUCACGACC